AUAUUAAAAAAGAACAAGAAAUAUUAAAAACAGACGCACUGGCAGCGGUUUGAAGGACAGAUAUGAGGAUUAAAAUGAGCUUUACGUUUUUUGCAGUGUGGUCCAGCAUUUGCUGGGAAUUGAGCACAGGAUUUGAAGCGUCGCCCUCCAGUACACCUGGUAACCUAGUAACCAGUACACCCUGGACACAAGCUAAAAACACCACCUCCCCCACUGCGACUGUAUCAGUAGUGACGGAGAAGGCCCCGGACACCCCUACCCAGAGACCGGACCCGACUACCUGGAACCAGCACCCCCCGGAGAAGAGUCCGGGGCCGUUAGGGGCCGUGGGGGACGAGGAGAAGUGCUGGAACUUCUUAGCUGGUGUUUAUUCGGAGCAGGGGAGGUGUGGAGACCAGCCUUCUUGCUGCUUUCAGUCAGGAGCGACAAAUGUGUUCUGGACGAAGAGUCAGGGAUGUUAAAGUGCGAGAACAAGAACUGGAUUCCCUUCGUGUUCGCGGGUGUUUUGUGGGCGUUGUCUCUUCUUAGUUAUCUGUUCUGUUCUCAUCGUCUGUACAAUAACAACACCAGGAUAGAGGAGCCUGUUUGAGAAAACCGUUAAACUUUAUUGUUUGUCAGCUUUUAUUAUUUUAAUAAUUUGUUAUUAUGCAUAAGGUUACAUUAAUUUGAAAUAUUUAUAUAUUGUACUUUAAUUGAAUUAAUCAGUUUGAUAUUUCUGUCAAUUUUGU